AUGAAUUGGGCCAAUCCUCGAGGUAAUGCAAUACGAGGCCGACCCGUGGACGGGGUUGAGCAAGCUCAUAGCACCCGUCCCGGUUGGAAAAAUACAGGUAAUUUCAUUGGCCCCAAAUUAGGGACCGUUGCAGAAAUUACACUGCAAAGAACAGAUACUACACAUGAUCUUAGCUCAGAGAGCCGAGAAGCGAUAACG